AUGCACGGACCGACGAACACUAGCUCUGCGGACUCUGCCAGUCCCUCCGCCAGCUCACACGACCCGCACCAUCCUCAUCAGCGGAGACUCUCGCACAGUCUUCACAUCUCGACAGACACGAUGGAGCACGCCCAAGCGGCGCCAAUCGACAUCCCGGGACCGUCUUCACCUCGUGCAGCCCAGGUCUUCCCCAGCGACGCCGUGUCCGCCUCGUUCUCCUCCUCCCCCACCAGCCCGCCCCGUGGCUCUCCCGAACCCUCAACUUCGUCCUCUCCCGGCUCGACAGGCGUGCGACAUCACGUGCGGUCGGAGAAGCUGCUCGAGGCGGCGCAUAUAGACCCGAGAGAGGCGAGGUGGCGAUGCUUGGGCGGCGAGGAGGGCUUGCAGCUGGACGAGGAGCCUUCGAAGAGCUGGUCAGAGGACGGGCACGACGAUGGAGUCCUGUGCGCCCCGAAGAACGUUCGCGCCGUUGGCGAUACGGCUGUCCUCGUCGAAGAGCCAGCUGCAGGUCGCAGUCCGCCACACAGUCCCGUCGGCUCGUCACUCUUCCAGCGAAGAUGGUCGCUCUCGCGAAAGGAGCGAGCGGGAGGUCAAGGGGCGUGA